UCCCGGCAUGCCCCGCGGCCCGCCGCCCAAUCGCGGCACGCUUUGUUGUAGGGGUGCGGCAGGCGCUGAGGCCCCAUUUCAAGAUGGCGGACGACAGUGAGACAGCAGUGAGGAGGCCACCGGCGAGGCCUUCGCGGCCGUCGGCGGAGGAGAACGACCACGAGCACUGCAGCGACUGCGAGAACGAGGCGGAACGCGGCUCCAACCGAGGGGGUCUGAGUCCAGCAAAUGACAGUGGAGCCAAAAAGAAGAAAAAGAAACCCAAAAGGAAGAAAGAUAAAGGAGGAGAGCAGGCAGAGCCGGCGCAGGAGCAGCCGCUGAAGGUGAACUCUUUACCUGCUGAGAGGAUCCAGGAGAUUCAAAAAGCCAUUGAGCUCUUCUCUGUAGGUCAGGGCCCUGCCAAAACCAUGGAGGAAGCCAGCAAGAGGAGCUACCAGUUCUGGGACACGCAGCCAGUGCCCAAGCUGGGAGAAGUGGUGAACACCCACGGUCCUGUUGAGCCCGACAAAGACAACAUCCGUCAGGAGCCAUACACUCUGCCCCAGGGCUUCACCUGGGACGCCCUGGACCUGGGGGACAGAGGUGUGCUGAAGGAGCUGUACACGCUGCUGAAUGAGAACUACGUGGAGGACGACGACAAUAUGUUCCGCUUCGAUUACUCCCCCGAGUUCCUGCUGUGGGCGCUGCGUCCCCCGGGCUGGCUGCCCCAGUGGCACUGUGGGGUCAGAGUUGUCUCCAGCAAGAAGCUGGUUGGGUUCAUCAGCGCGAUUCCGGCCACCAUCCACAUCUACGACACAGAGAAGAAGAUGGUGGAGAUCAACUUCCUGUGUGUGCACAAAAAGCUGCGCUCCAAGCGAGUGGCUCCAGUGCUGAUCCGGGAGAUCACGCGGCGGGUGCAUCUGGAGGGGAUCUUUCAGGCUGUUUACACUGCAGGGGUGGUGCUGCCAAAGCCUGUGGGGACUUGCAGAUACUGGCACCGCUCCCUGAACCCUCGGAAGCUCAUUGAGGUGAAGUUUUCCCACUUGAGCAGGAACAUGACUAUGCAACGUACCAUGAAGCUGUACCGGCUGCCCGAGAGCCCCAAGACCGCCGGGCUGCGGCCGAUGGAGCACAGAGACGUCUCUGCAGUGCACAAGCUCCUGACCGAGUACCUGAAGCAGUUCCACCUGACGCCCGUCAUGAGCCGGGAGGAGGUGGAGCACUGGUUCUUACCUCAGGAGAACAUCAUCGACACCUUCGUGGUGGAGAGUGCCCCAGGGGAGGUGACAGACUUCCUGAGCUUCUACACACUGCCCUCCACCAUCAUGAACCACCCGACUCACAAGAGCCUGAAAGCUGCUUAUUCCUUCUACAACGUCCACACCAAGACGCCUCUCAUCGACCUCAUGAGCGACGCGCUCAUCCUCGCCAAGUCGAAAGGAUUCGACGUCUUCAAUGCACUGGAUCUGAUGGAAAACAAAACCUUCCUGGAGAAGCUCAAGUUUGGGAUUGGGGACGGGAACCUGCAGUAUUACCUGUACAAUUGGAAGUGCCCCAGCAUGGCGCCCGAGAAGGUGGGGCUGGUGCUGCAGUGAGCCCGGUGCCGUGGGGCCAGGUCCGGCGGGUGCUGUGCUGCCCUCCCCUGCCCUGCCCGUGGGGCCAGCAGCCCCCCAGCCCCUGCCCCGCGCUGCCCCUGCCCCGGGCUGCCCCGGGCAGGGGCUGGCAGUGGCUGUGAGGAGGGAAGCGGUGCCACGGGCUCCUCAGCGGCCGCCCAUGGAGCUAACGGGUGAACAAUAAAAGUAUAUAUUAUAUAUAUUUUAAA